GAACUAAUAAUUAAGUGUGUUUUGUUAAAUGUUUAUGCGUGUGAAUGAAACUGACAGUGAAGGAAGUUAGCCAUUUUGCGGGAGCAGCAUGUGAUUUUGCUAAUGAAACAGCAAAACAUUGCCAUUAGCAUUAACUGUUAGCUUGCUAACGUUACCUUGCUAGCUAUGUGGGCACUUUGUUUUUCAAGAUAUGGCUCCCAGGAAAAGAACCACCAAGCAACGUAAAAACAACCCUAAAUCGGCGAAGCUCGAGGCUUUUCUGGACGAUUUCGAUUUAGAAGUGAAGACCAGAGUUGAACAGCUUAAAGCAAAGAUCGACCAGCUGUUGAAGGAUGUUGACAGCAGCUACAACAUGGCACUAAUCAAGUUGCCCACAGCUGUUAGGCAGAUGCCCUGGUUGGAGCAUUGCAAGUCAGACAAGCUAAAGUCUCCAGAAGUGGAUGAUGCAAAGAGAAAAGAGGAAGCUGCUAUCGUGGAGAGCAUUACAGCUGAGGACCAUGCAGGCCUUCUGAAGUCAGUCAAGAAAACCACCAAGAAAAAAAAGGGAGCCAAAUCCAUUUCAGAGGAUGAAUACCCCCCGAGCACAGCAAGGAAGGGGAAAGCUGCAAGAAAGCCCCCAGCUACAACAAAAAGAGCAACAGCAAAGUCGGUCAGCAAGCAGAACACUUCCAUCAGACGAUCGAGCAGGAAACCCUUGGUCACUCCUGCCAGGAACAUGCUGGACUCAUCUUUGAUGAUGGGCCCUACUCCCCUUGUUACCCCACGCUUCGACCCAAGGCUUCCUAAGACCCCUGCUGUGAGAGUUCCCCGCCACAAAGAGAGGGUCUACAGCAUUUCCGUCAACGGCUCUCCCGUUGCAGCGGGCACCGAGGAUGUCAUUGUCAGCGUUCCCAUCGGCAAUGGAGAGAGCAUUCAGCUGCUGGCCAGUCAGAUGGACUCAGUGGACCUGUCACUGCUGGAUGAACCUGCCCUGAGGAGCAUUCGGCUGCUGCAGAAUCGCCUCACGGCACUGUGCGGGACAUCAGCAUGACCUAGCCGUCAAAUGUCUAAAUGUGGGUUAAAAUGCACAGUUUUUUAAAAUUGUUGUUUUACUCGUUUACUUUUAGAAGUUUCAGUUAACUGCUGUACCAACCACCCCUUCAUUUUUAUGUGUUAUUUCAUAUUUUAGGCUACUCUCGUAGCAUUAGGCUGAAUCCUUGUGGCAAUUUAGCAUAACUGUCUCAUUUUAGCCCUGUUCCAGUCUGUUAUUCCUUUUGGUGAGUCAGAUUUUGAGUGUUCUUCUAGAUUUGUAAGCUUUACAAGACUUGUAGGAUUAUUUCAAACUCCACCACUCAUUCUUGUGCUCUGCAAAUAUGAUUUACAUUACAUAUUUUUUUAAUAUCAUAAAUGCAGUCCUCUGUGUAAAUCUGUGUUCAUCUAAAGUUAUAUUGUCAGGGCAAAUACAUUUUUCAUGUACAUAGUCACUCUUUUAUGGUUGCAAAACUCAUAAAGGAUGUUUACCGCUCUA